AUGGGCAUUAAGCGUGAGCAGCUCUGGAUUACUUCCAAACUUUGGAAUGAUCAGCACAGACCAGAGCAAGUCGAGCCAGCUUGCAGAAAGACACUUAAAGAUCUCGGCAUUGACUAUUUAGAUCUUUACCUCAUCCACUGGCCAUCUCAGUUCAAUGCUCCAGAUAAAAUUGAAACUGAAGGUUUCUUCGAGAACAAGACAUCAAUUGUUGACACAUGGAAGGCCAUGGAGAAGCUUGUUGACCUCGGUCUUACAAAGCGCGUUGGCGUUUCUAACUUUACAAUCAAUAUGCUUGAACGUCUCAAGCAUUCUGAUGCAAAGCUUAUUCCUUACACAAACCAAUGCGAGUUCCACCUUUACCAUCAGCAAGGACCACUUCGUAAGUACUGUCAUGAAGAAGGAAUUAUCUUCACAGGCUAUUCUACACUUGGAACAGCUGAUUCUGCCACACCAGAUCUUCCAGUUCUUCUUAAGGAUGAAGAGCUUGUUAAGGUUGCUUCUGAAACAGGAAAAACAGUUGGCGAAGUUGAACUCAAGUUCCUCUUAACAAUCGAACCAGGAGCUUCACUUCUCGCUAAGUCUGUUACUCCAGAACGUAUUUACAAGAACAAUCACCUUGAUUUCGAACUUACAAAGGAUCAAGUUGAGAGAUUAAGAAGAAGAGAAAGAGCUUUCAGAUACUGCGACCCAAGAAGAUUCUGGAAAGGUGAUAUUUAUGGCGAUGGUUACUAA